AUGGCUGAAAAUCUACCACCAAUGGAAUACCGCUUCCUGGGACGAACAGGCCUCAAGGUAUCCGUCAUUUCACUCGGAGGAUGGCUUACAUAUGGUGGACACGUUGAAGAUGAAAAAACAUUCUCUUGCAUGAAAGCUGCUUAUGAUGUCGGUAUCAACUUCUUCGACACCGCUGAGGGAUACGAGGGUGGAAAAUCCGAGAUUAUCAUGGGCAGAGCUAUUAAGAAAUUCGGCUGGAAGCAGCAGGACUUGGUGAUUUCCACAAAGAUUUAUCACGGCCAAGCAAACGGUAGAUACCCCAACAAUGCGCUCAACAAUAAGGGUCUCUCCCGCAAGCACGUUAUUGAAGGACUGGAUCUAUCCCUCCAACGCCUCGACCUACCCUACGUCGAUAUAGUCUACGCCCAUCGUCCUGACCGCCAUACCCCCAUGGAAGAAAUUGUGCGCGCUUUCAACCACGUCAUCAACCAGGGCAAGGCCUUCUACUGGGGCACCUCGGAAUGGUCCGCCACCGAGAUCGCUGAAGCCUGGCGCGUCGCUGACAGACUUGGCCUAAUCGGCCCAGUCGUUGAGCAACCACAGUACAACCUCCUCGAGCGGGAGCGCGUCGAGGGCGAGUAUCGCUGGCUGUACACCGAGCAUGGUCUCGGCCUGACCGUCUUCUCACCGCUGAAACAGGGUAUCCUGUCCGGUAAAUACAACGACGUUGCGGCACCACCACCUGGUUCGCGGUUGGCUGAGGGAACUGGACGAAGCGAGUUCAUCACUAAGUUUGCUGCGACGUGGGGUGAUGAGAGAUGGCAAAAGGGACUGGCUACUGUUGCGAAAUUGAAGCCGAUUGCAGAGGAAUUGAAGGUUACGCAGGCACAGUUGGCGCUCGCGUGGGCAUUGAAGAAUCCGAAUGUUUCCUCGUUGAUUACGGGUGCUUCACGGCCCGAGCAGGUUUAUGAGAAUGUCAAGGCGGUCGAGGUUGUCAAGAAAUUGACGCCGGAAAUUCUGGAGAAGAUUGAACAGGCUGUCGGGAAUGCGCCAAACUUUGAGCCAUUGCGCUUUGAGUAA